GUGCGCCUAUGUGAGCUUCACUUGUCAAAGCUUUGUUUUGCUGCCCGGGUGCUGCUGCUGCUAAACAUUACGAAAUACAAACUUUUUUAAGCCAUUCUGGCGCUGAGAGGAACUGGUGGCGGUGUUGGCGGUGAGACGGUGUUGCUGGGAGACUGGAGAGAUGGUAGACGAGUGAGAGAGAUGGUGACAGGGUGAGAUAAGAGUGAGAGAGAGAGAGAGAGAGAGAGGAGAGCAGCCAGGCUAGACCCACCUCUAACAUCUUACAAGACAAUAAUGACACUUAUCAAGCACUCUGGCCUUAUUUAACCCCCAAGAUGCACUCUCUCUGCCUCUAGUCUGCUCAUGUCCUGAGAUUUUCACUUUAUAUAUCAUCUUAAGAUGACGGCAGCCCCGACCUCUGCGGAUGCAUGUUUAAGCAUCGUCCAUUCCCUCAUGUGUCAUCGACAAGGGGGAGAAUCAGAGGGGUUUGCCAAAAGAGCUAUUGAAAGUCUUGUAAAAAAGCUAAAGGAAAAGCGAGAUGAAUUGGAUUCAUUGAUAACUGCAAUUACGACAAAUGGGUCUCAUCCUAGCAAGUGUGUUACCAUACAACGCACCCUUGAUGGCAGAUUACAGGUAGCAGGACGAAAAGGAUUUCCCCACGUGAUAUAUGCUCGCAUUUGGCGAUGGCCAGAUCUACACAAAAAUGAACUUAAGCAUGUUAAAUACUGCCAGUUUGCAUUUGACCUUAAAUGUGACUCGGUGUGUGUUAAUCCAUACCACUAUGAAAGAGUAGUGUCACCGGGAAUUGACUUGACUGGGCUGAGCCUGCAAGGUACAUCUACAGGUCAGCUGGUGAAAGAUGAGUAUGGGAUACGUAUGGAUUGUGAAGUGAGUGGAGGACCUGGCAGUGUUGGCGAACCAUCUGUCACUCCAGGUCCCUCAGGACUCUCAUCCAUAUCUCAUCAACCCUCUGCUUCACAGCCAGGACCUACAACAUCUCAGGCUGGAAGUCUUCAUGCAACUGUAGUGAGCAGCCCACAACAGACCAUACCCCAUCAUCCAGUGUCACAUCAACAGUCAUUCUCUUUGCUCUCACCUACAGGCAGCACAUCCAGUCACAUGUCUCAAGGGCUACAGUCCCCAACUCCGUCAAAUCCAGGCUCGCAACAGUUCUUUCCUGAGGCUGUCUCGCCUGGUAGUUUGAGUCAGUUGUCACCUCAUCUUCAACAACAACAGCCACAGCAAAUACAACAGCAGCAGCAACAGCAAAAUGGAUUUACAGUAUUGACAGGUGCAACAGGAGCCAGUUCUAGAACAGUUCAGACAGGUGCAGUGACAUCCCAGUUUGGGCAGGCUGCUGCUGCUGCUGCAUCACCCCAGCAAGUCUCACCUCACUCUGUUACCACACACACUAUGUCCUCGCAGCCAAACUGGAGUGGUCAGAACACUUUAUCGUAUACACCCAAUAUGAUGAAUGAUCGACAAAACCACAGUUACUGUAAUAAGUUCACCGAAACAAAACAAAGUGAGAGGGCUAGAUUGCAUAUUGGAAAGGGAGUUCAGCUGGACCUGAGAGGCGAAGGGGAUGUGUGGCUGCGUUGUUUGAGUGAUCACAGUGUGUUUGUUCAGAGCUACUAUCUGGAUCGUGAAGCUGGCCGCUCUCCGGGUGAUGCUGUGCACAAGAUAUACCCAUGUGCUUGCAUAAAGGUAUUUGAUUUGAGUCAAUGCCACCGUCAGAUGCAGACUCAGGCAGCUACAGCUCAGGCAGCAGCUGCAGCCCAGGCAGCUGCUGUGGCUGGACAGAUUUCGGGCCCAGCUACUGUAGGUGGAAUCUCUCCUGGUAACCUCUCCGCUGCAGCAGGAAUUGGUGUGGAUGAUCUUAGAAGACUGUGUAUUUUGCGUCUCAGCUUUGUAAAAGGUUGGGGCCCAGAUUAUCCUCGGCAAACCAUCAAGGAAACUCCAUGUUGGAUUGAGGUUCAUCUUCACCGUGCUCUUCAGCUUCUUGAUGAAGUUCUCCACACCAUCCCACUUGAUGGUCCGCGUCCUCUUGAGUGAUGCAACGUGCCAUUGUGGGAUGUGCAAACGAUCACUUUGCAGGAUGAUCAACUCUCACUCAUGAUACAAGAUGUACAAGGUGAAGAUCAGUUGAUCUUUAUGCCCUUCUUCACAUGAAUGCAUGUCCCCAAGUGCAUCUAUAUGCACUUAUGUUACUAAGUUCACAAACAUAUACACCCAUAGCAUUCUCUAAAGUGAGAAUAUUUACACAAAUGCAUGACCCAUGUAAUGGGCCAUAUUGGAGGAAUUUUAAGUAUGAGAAAUGCCAUACUUAUAUAAAAUUGUGUUGAAGCACAAUUUGGUUAUCUUAGUUAUGUUAAUUUGUGUAAAAGCUUGGGUGUAGUUUUUAAAACCCAUCAGCCUAAUUUUUGGCAAGUUGAAAAUGUUUGAGUAUAUGGGGAGUUGGUGCAAGGUUAAUUUUCCCAUUCAUUUCAUAGUAAAAUCUAGUUCAGCUUUUAUAUUACAGUUAGUCUUGUCACUGAUGUUGCUGCAUUUACUACAUUGGAUCUUAUAUGUUAGAUUUCGAUUUAGUAGUAUAAAAUAUCAGACUUUUUAACCUAUGAUUGUCUCUGGUCUGUAUUAAACAACUUGAUGCCUGGUGUGUCAGUUUUGUGAAUGGGACCUUUACAGUUACCAGAAAUAGGUAUUUAGUAAUGAGAGGAUUGUAAAUAAACUAGAUCUUUGUUCUUGCAUUUUCUGUACUAGCUAAAUGCACAAGAUUAUAUCUGGUUCAAAAUCAGCUGUUGUAUACAUAUUUGAAUUUUCUAUAUAAUAGGAUAGGUGGUAGUGCUCAGUAUUAAACAAGUGAAUGAAAAGCUUAAUAUUCUUUACAUUCUCUCCAUAUAAAUUGUUGUAUUGUUAUUUAUUGGUUUGAAUUAUUUAAAUUUUGCUGCCUUUUCUCUUAUAAGCAUAUUUCGGACAUAGUAUAGAUUGGGCUAGGAUGAGGAUAUUGCAAGAUAUGUGGCUAUUAUAUAUUAUAUUAUAUUUAUGGGGGAGUUCUAAACCUGUAGGAGUCAUGGGAGGUAUUCAAAGGAAGGGAAUAGCAGGUCCAAAUGUGACUAUAAACUUUAAUUAUAGCUUACACUUUCUAUAGUUGAGCACUUCUACUGGCACUUUAAAAUUCAACUUGUGCAAUAUUUCAUUUAUAGUAUAAUAGUCCAGUGCCACUACAUUUUCCUAUAAAGAAUUAUUAUUAUAAUAACCAAGCAUUAAUUCCCAUAAGGGUCAUACAGUGCCGCAUUCUAUAAAAAACCUUGCAAUAGUACAGGAGAUGGCAGAAGAACAUGGUCUAGUUUAGUGUUCUGAUACUUUGUAUACUAAAUCGAAUUAAAGCAUAUUAUAUUUGAUUAAUUGAAAGCCAAAGAGGCUCUGUUCCAGUGGAUAUGUUGCCAUAAUCAUGGAUUAUGUCUCCUGUUAGUAUUUUGUAUUUUUAAAUGCUUCUAUUGUUUGAUAUUCCAGAAUUAAGACUUCUCCUAAAUCAUACAUAUAGGGCUUGAGUAUUUCUUGACUUAUUCCUUUUAAAAUUUUCCAGGUCAUCCUGAUAUAAUUUAUUAUGUAGGGUAAUGAUAUAUAAAUCUCUUAUUUUAAACAAAUACUAUUAAUUGCUUUGGAGUUCCAUGGGAAUUAAGAGAAUAUUUUAGCCAAACCAUGUUAACUGCUAGUUAUGACUUGGUCAGGAGUUGUCAUCUCAAAAGGUGAAAGUAGGAAAGAUAAUUUUUACCAAGAUAGUAAUUACAUUUGAGAGAAAGUUCUUAAUUCAUGACACUGAAGGUCAAUAUAUUGUAUUUUCAGGUGUAAAUUAAACCACUAAAAAUUGAGAGGUAGGAAACAAAAAGCAUAAAUGGUUAAAAGUAUCAUUAUACUGUAUUCUCAAAAAAGUGGUAAUUUGGCUUCAGAGCAGUAGAUCCUUGUAUUUAGGAGAGAGACCCCUCACAUUUACAAGGGAGAAUAUUCUACAUCAGUCCAUAUGCUACCUGUAUUGAAAAUUUACUAGAUAUCAGCACUUGCAUUUCUGAGUAUAGUAAUGUUAAUAUUUUUUAUUUAGUUUCCCUUAUUAUUGUCAAAGUGACAUUGAAAAUAAAUGGGAUUUUUUAUUAAAAAACCUUAUAGGUUAAAUGUCACUUGUGACAUGAAUUUGGGAAAGUGGUUUUAUCUGCUAAGUUGCUUUGCAUUUAGAUUUUAAAUUUUAUUUGGAAAUUGUAAAUAUUUUACAGCUACUGUAUAUGUUACCUAUAUAAUAUUCAAACUUGGCUGUUUGAAAUAGUAACUAACUAAAAUAC